AUGCAGUCUCUGUUUACGGAUUGGGCGGUGUUGCUAGCGCUGGACUACGCCGAGAAGCACAAACAUGAUUACAACCCAAUUCUCUGGAUAGACGCGACGGACGAGGAGACAGUACGAUCUAGCUUUAAGAUAUGUGCUGCGGAGCUGGGACUCACAGUGGAGGGCGGCGAAACCAAGGAUCGAUUAUUACGGAUGCAGGGGUCCGGGCAGUACUUAGAUGGCUUUGCGACCGAAGUGAGGCGGAUGACGAAUGGCUUUUGA